AUGAAACAAGCCCGAGCCUGUGUUUUCUGUCGCAAAGUCCUUCGAGAACGGAAUCAGAUCGUGUAUGAGGAUGCCAAGGUCUUUGCCAUAUUGGACCACAACCCGCGAGCCAAAAAGCACGUUUUGGUGAUCCCGCACGAGCACAUUUCGUGCGUAGAUGACGUCACGCCGGCGUCCUUGGAUCUGUUGGAACACAUGCUGGCAACGGGCAAAGAGAUACUGGCACGCGAUGGCUUCAUUGACGAGACCGACUGCCGGUUUGGGUUCCACCGCUUUCCAUUCGCCUCUGUACCGCACCUGCACUUGCACUGCUUGGGUCUGCCCUUUAUCCCAGCAUGGAACAGCAUGAGGUACACCGAGUCCAUGCUGUCAUCGUACGUCAGCGCUGAGAGUGCAAUUGCUGCUCUACGCACGAAACAAGAGACCGUCUCCUCUUCAAGCGACUCAAUGGAGCCGAGAUCAACGAGUAAAUAG